AGCAUCAGGGGGAGGAUGCGCUCGGCGAGCGGCCAUCACCAGCAGCAGCAGCAGCAGCAGCAGCAGCAGCAGCAGCGCCGUCGCCGCCGCUGAGGCAGCAGAGGCGUGCCAGCGAGCGCCAGCAGCCGCGGUGACAUGGCCAGGUCGCGCAGGCCCGCGUUCCUCGGCGUCUGGGCCCUCCUCGUCCUCGUCCUCGUCCAAGAGUCGCAUCCCGUGAGCUGGGAGGAGUGGUGGACGUACGACGGGAUCUCGGGGCCGGCGUUCUGGGGCCUGAUCAACCCCGAGUGGUCGCUGUGCAACAAGGGCCGCCGGCAGUCGCCGGUCAACCUGGAGCCCUCGCGGCUGCUGUUCGACCCCAACCUGCAGCAGCUGCACAUCGACAAGCACAAGGUGAGCGGCGUGCUGGCCAACACCGGCCACAGCGUGGUCUUCACCGUGGACAACGACACGCGGCAGCCGGUCAACAUCAGCGGCGGCCCGCUGAGCUACCGCUACCAGUUCCACGAGAUCCACCUGCACUACGGCCUCAUCGACACGGUCGGCAGCGAGCACACCGUCGACGGCUACAGCUUCCCCGCUGAGAUCCAGAUCUUCGGCUUCAACUCGCACCUGUACAACAAUUUCUCGGACGCGCUGCACCGAGCCCAGGGCAUCGUGGCGGUCUCGCUGCUGCUGCAGGUGGGCGAUAACUCGAACCCCGAGGUGCGCCUGUUCACCGAGCACCUGGACAAGAUCACGUACGGAGGUCAGUCGAUGGAAAUCAAGCGCUUCGGUGUGCGCGAGCUUCUGCCGGACACGAUGCACUACAUGACCUACGACGGCUCGACCACGAUGCCCGCCUGCCACGAGACGACCACCUGGAUCAUCCUCAACAAGCCCAUCUACAUCACGAAGCAGCAGCUGAAGGGCCUGAGGGAGCUGAAGCAGGGCGACAAGCGCCACCCGAAGGCGCCGCUGGGAAACAACUUCAGACCGCCGCAGCCGCUCCACCACCGCCCCGUCAGGACCAACAUCAACUUCGCGCAGGAGAAGGGCGCGCCCAGGAACUGCCCGACCAUGAACCGGGACAUCUACUACAGAGCCAACAGCUGGAAGUAGAGCCACCGCCGCCGCCGCCGCCGCCGCAGCCGCAACCGCCUAGAGGCCGGGGCGCAGCCCGAACCCGACGGGAGCCGCCGUCGACGCCGCCGCCGCCGCCGCCGGCGCUGUAUAAAUAGAUGGAUCGCGGGGCAGUCGGACGAGAAAGGGAGCCGGCGAGGCGACUGGACGGGCGAGCCAGCUCCGGGGACCGAGCGACGACGGUCGCGCUGCUCGACUACUCACCCAACUGACUUGCCGUCGCGCUCCGACCCCCCAACCCCAUCUCCCCCUGCCCUCCCACGCGCGUCUUCUUCCGCCAGCCUGCCAGCCCGCUCGCUUACUCAUUAUAUACAUAUAUACAUAUAUACAUAUAUAUAUAUAUAUACAUACCUACAUAUGUACUACGUGUAUUUACGCGAUCGCGUGCGAGAGUGAGACGAGAGCACGCGAGAAUAACGCACCGGCACACUGACGCAGACAGAACAGACAGUGAAACAAAGCGCUUCGUUGUAACUUAUUAGACGUGAAUUGCCAACGUAUGUCUCCAAGUAAACCAAAAUAAAACCCGUACGUACCUUUCAUAGUUACAUAGCGACACGCCGAGAGAGUGAGAGAGAGCGAGAGAGAGAGAGAGAGAAAAUGACUCCGAAAAAAUCCUCCCCCCUUGAAGAAAAAAGAAAUUAAUAAUAAUAAUAAAGAAAACAAAUUAUGAUAAAACAUUCUCCACGCGAACUGUUGUAUAUGUAAGAGACUGCACCAUUAACACACAGCCACCCGAUCACACGGACGCAGACGGACGAAGCUACUCGGAUACGCGCGCCGAUCAUCACGCACUACCAUGUAAAAUUGCACCAACGAACGAACGAACGAAGCGAGGGCGCACCUACGGACAACAAAGACAAA